AUGCCACUCGCAAAAGACUUGUUGCAUCCAUCCCCAGAGGAGGAGAAGAGGAGGCACAAGAAGAAGCGUCUUGUUCAGAGUCCUAACUCGUAUUUUAUGGAUGUGAAAUGCCCAGGAUGCUACAAGAUCACAACGGUGUUCAGCCAUGCGCAGACGGUCGUUCUGUGCGUGGGCUGCUCCACCGUCCUGUGUCAGCCAACCGGAGGAAAAGCACGUCUCACAGAAGGGUGCUCGUUCAGGAGGAAGCAGCACUAG